UCUCGCAAAUUUGAGCCCAAAUCGAAAGUUUUAAGUUUUAACAUCUCCUGAAAUUUGAACAAAAGGUGUUUAUCGUUGUUGUAGGCCGUAGACUGUAGCCUGUAGCAGAGAGAGAGAGAGAGAGAGGGUUGCUUUGGUCACUCACUGUUUCCACUAUCAGAGAGAGAGAGAGAGAGAGAGACAGAGUCUGCAAAUUUAAUGGCGACUGAAGAGGUCAAGAAACCGCCGUCUCUCCCUCCUUACCCUGAGAUGAUUCUGAAGGCCAUCGAAGGGUUGAAUGAGAAGAAUGGCUCAAACAAGUCGUCAAUAUCAAGAUUCAUUGAAUCAACUUAUGGGGAAUUGCCAGCCGGACACUCUGGACUCCUGUCUAAUCACCUCAGCAAAAUGAAAGAUAGCGGUGAGUUGGUGUUCUGGAAAAACAACUACACAAAGCCGGACCCAAAUGCCCCACCGAGACGGGGACGUGGAAGGCCACCAAAACCCAGGGAUCCAGAUCAGCCACAGGUUGCUAACUUGCCAUCAGGAAGGGGCAGGGGACGCCCACCUAAGGACCCUGAUGCACCCCCAAGACCUCCCAAGGUCAAGGCAUCUUCAGGAAGCGGGAAACCUAGAGGACGACCGAGGAAGAUGGCUCGACCUACUGGAGGUUUAAGUGGCUCCACAACCAUAACAGAUGCAGUGACUGGGAGGCCAAGGGGUAGACCUCCAAAGGUGAAGGAUUCAUUGAAUGAAUUGAGCAUUCAGCAGUAGACAUUUAGUGUGCUAUUAGUGUUACUAUUUUAGUGUUCUUAGUCUCUCUAUAUAACCUCUUUCUGCGUAGAAUUCGAAGCUGUCUCGAUAAUUUAGUUGUGUCGUGUGAUCUUAACUCUGCUUGAACAAUGUGUAAUGAAGUGAUUUGAGGUUCUACUGGUUUCUAAUUAUUUGUCCUGGAGGACAUGACUGCUA